GCUCUGGAGGCCGCAGUACGGGUCCUGGCUUGGGCCUCUGCCCCACCAUGGUGAUGGUUGUGGAGCUGCUGGUGUUUCUGGCUGCUCUUCUGGCCAUGGCCUUGGGCUAUUUUGUCAGUAUCGAUGUGCAUGCUGAGUAGUGCUUCUUUGAACGGGUAACUUUGGGCACUAAGAUGGGCCUCAUCUUCGAGGUGGCGGAGGGCGGCUUCUUAGACAUUGAUGUGGAGAUUACAGGACCUGAUAAUAAAGGAAUUUAUAAAGGAGACCGAGAGUCCAGUGGGAAAUACACAUUUACUGCUCACAUGGAUGGAACAUAUAGAUUCUGUUUUAGUAAUAGGAUGUCCACUAUGACUCCAAAGAUAGUAAUGUUCAUCAUUGACAUUGGGGAGGCUCCAAAAGGACAAGACGUGGAAACAAAAGCUCAUCAGAACAAGCUAGAAGAAAUGAUUAAUGAGCUGGCAGUAGCAAUGAUAGCUGUAAAGCAUGAACAAGAGUACAUGGAAGUCCAGGAGAGGAUACACAGAGCCACCAAUGAUAACACAAACAGCAGAGUGGUCCUUUGGUCCUUCUUCGAAGCUCUUGUUCUAGUCGCCAUGACAUUGGGACAGAUCUACUACCUGAAGAGAUUUUUUGAAGUCCGGAGGGUUGUUUAAAAGGCCUUUUCCUGUUGAUCCCAAAUUCAUAAUUCACUUGGUUACCAAACACCUUGGUCAGAAUAAUGCUGUUAGUU